AUGCGAUUCUUUCAGUCUAUUGCCCUGCUAGCCACUCUGGCGUUCGCCAAGGAGGUCGCUUCGCCCAUCACAUCCUUCGAGGUUGGACAGGCUAACGACAUAUCCAACAAGGAGGGAUACACCGGUAGCGCUUGGGAGCUGGACUACAAGUUUGCCCUGUCUCCUGAGGCCGACAACGUGCAGCCUGGUGAUCACUUCACGUUUGAUAUCGAUGACAACAUGUCUCUUGACGCUGGAAACUACGACUUCAUGGUCAAGGAUCCCAAUGGCAACGAUAUCAUGCGAAUCACUAAUGAAGGCCAUCACUUUACCGCUACCUACACCGAUUUUGUUGCUUCCAAGAACUACCAGAUUACUGGUAAGUUCUUCAUGCAGUCCACUCUCAACAGCCAGUAUGUCAAGGGCCCCGGUCCCGUCACCAUCACUUCUUCUUCCGGAGGCAAGCAGUUCUCUGAUCAGAUCGAGGUCAAGGCUGCUGUCGACGCCGGUGGAGCUUACAAGUACGCCCAGCGAGUCGGUAACCGAAUCGAAUGGACCAUCCAGGUUCCUGCUUCUCCCUACGACCGAAUGAAGAUUGUUGAUCAGCUUGCUGAUGCCGGCUCUACCUACACCACCCCCGAUGCUCUUCUCGAGGAUAUGACUCUUCACUUCUACCACGGUCUGACCCCCACUUGGGACUACACCUCCUACGAGAAGAUCACCGAUGUGUCCCAGUACGUUCAGCUCCAGGACUUCCAGACCGACGGGUUCACCAUGUUCCUUAGCAACAUCCCCGAGGAUGAUGUCACCGUCCAGAUCACCUUCUACUCCGAGAUCACCUCCAAGCAGGAGCAGUACUCCAACAACAUGGACUGGCUCAUGUGGGAGCGAGGCUACGGCUAUCUUCCCGAGCCCUCUGGAGAGCACAACGAUGGUUCUUCCGGCGAGGGUAACGCCAACGUCAACAACGGCAUUUUCCGAGCUGGCCAUGCUUACGGUGGUGCUCCUUACGAUGCUCCUACCGGCGGCAACGAUCUGAACGCUGGUGGUGAGGGUGACGGUGAGGGACGAACCAAGACCUCUUCUGUUGAGCCCACCACUUCUGCUGAGCCUACUUCUGCUGAGCCCACCUCCGAGACCCGAACCCCCGUGUCCGAGUACAUCUCCAAGUCCAAGGCACCUGGCAACCCUGGCGACGGAUUUGUUGGAUCCCGACCCACCCCUUCUACCUAUGGUCCUGGAGGCCCUCCUCCUGCUUCUGCUGGUCCUGAGCUUUCCACUGACAAGACUUCUUCGGUUGAGCCUACUUCUUCUGCUGAUCCUACUACCUCCGAGGAGCCCACUUCCUCAGUUGAGCCUACUACCUCUGAGGAGCCCUCUUCCGUUGAGACCUCUUCUGCUGAGCCUAAUUCUUCUGCUGAUCCUACUACCUCCGAGGAGCCCUCUUCUUCAGUUGAGCCUACUACCUCCGAGGAGCCCUCUUCCGUUGAGACCUCUUCUGCUGAGCCUACUACCUCUGCUGAUCCUACUUCUUCUGCUGAUCCUACUUCUUCUGCUGAUCCUACUACCUCCGAGGAGCCCACUUCUUCAGUUGAGCCUACUACCUCCGAGGAGCCCACUUCUUCAGUUGAGCCUACUACCUCUGAGGAGCCCUCUUCCGUUGAGACCUCUUCUACUGAGCCUAUUACCUCUGCUGAACCUGCUACCUCUGAGGAGCCCACCUCUUCAGUCGAGCCCACUUCUUCUGUUCCUGAGUCUACCUCCGAGGAGUCUUCUUCCGUUGAGCCCACUCCCGAGCCUACUUCUUCCGUCGAGCCCACUUCUGAGGUUUCUUCUGCUCCCGAGUCUACCGAGAUCUCUUCCACUGCUCCCAAAUCUACUAUUGAGGCCCCUGUUGUUGCCAACACCACCGUCUCUUCCACUCUCGAGCCCACCUCCUCCAUGGCUGAGUCUACUGUUGAGUCCACUGUCGAGUCCACUGUUGAAUCUACUACUGAGGUCUCCCCCACUCCCGAGCCCACUUCUUCCGCUCCCGAGUCCACCUCCGAGUCUCCCUCUUCCGUUGAGUCUUCUUCCGUGUUCUCCAACACUACUACCGUUUCUUCCGCCGCUGUCUCCUCCGCCGCUGUUUCCUCCACUCCUUCCGUGUCUCUCGUCUCUUCUACCCCUGUUUCCAUUGACACCUGCAUCGAGACCGAGACUGUCACCGUGAAUGGCACUGUCUCGACUGAGACCAAGGAUGUGUGCGCUACCUCUUCUACCCCUGCUCCCGUGUCUACCAACACCUGCAUUGAGGUUGAGACCACCACCGUUUCUGGAACCGCCUCUACCGUUACCAAGGACGUUUGUGCUUCUACCACUCCAUCUGCCGACCCCUGCACUGAGGUUGUUACUGUUUUGUCCAACGGUACCACCACUGUGGUUACCAAGGACGUCUGUGCCUCCACCACCGUUUCGGCUGAUCCCUGCACUUCAACCGAGGUUGUGUCUGUCUCCGGUGUUGUCUCCACCAUCACCAAGGAUAUCUGCGCUUCUACUACUUCUUCGGAUGCCUGCAUUGAGGUCGAGACUGCCACUGUCGACGGCUCUGUCACCACGGUUUCCAAGAACGUGUGUGACCCUGUCGUGACUUCUGACGCCUGUGUUGUCACCGAGACUAUCUCUUCCAACGGCUCCAUCUCCACCGUUACCAAGGACAUCUGCGCUUCUGCCACCCCUGUACCCACUGUCACUGACUCUUGCACCCAGGUCGAUACCGUGACUGUGUCUGGAACCGAGUCUGUUGUCACCAAGGACUUGUGCUCUUCUGCUCCUGUUUCCACCGACUCGUGUUUUGUCACCAAGGUUGUAUCUAAGGACGGAGCUGUUUCCACUGUGACCAAGGAUACCUGCGCCCCCGCUUCCACUGACUUUUGCACUGUGGUUGAGACUGCCACUGUUUCCGGAACUGAAACUGUUGUGACCAAGGACGUGUGUGCUUCUGCAACUAUCACCGCCACUCCUUCUUCUGACGCUUGCAUUGAGGUUUCCACCACCACCAUCUCCGGUGUUGCCUCUACAGUCACCAAGGAUGUGUGUGCUCCUCUCUCCACCGACUCCUGCAUUGUUCGAGAUACUGUCACCGCCUCCGGACUCGAGACUGUGGUUGCCAAGAACACCUGUGUCGGAACCAUCACCAAGACCGUCACCCACUGCGAUGGUGGUUGCACUGAGCUCCCCGUCACUUUGACUGAGGCCCCCGUCUCCUCCACCGCCGUUGUCACCACGGUCGUUGAGGGCAAGACCGUCACUGUCACUGUUUGCGACGAGGAUUUCAAGACCAAUGAGUCUGUCACCGUCUCUGGCUCUGCUGCUGAGAUUACCUCCACCGUGGUUGUACCCAUGACCAUCACCAAGACUAUCACCAACUGCGACAACGGCUGCUCCGAGAUCCCCGUCACUAUUGUCGAGACCCCCGUUGCCUCCACCGAGGUGAUCACCACCGUGAUUGAAAACAAGACUCUCACUGUGACUGUCUGCAACGAGGACUUCACCACUGAGGCCGUUGAGACUCCUACUCAGACUCCAGCCCAGUCUACCCCUGUUGUCACUGUCGUCUCUUCUUCUCCCGCCGAGUCUCCCGCUGUCUCCAAGAUUGUCAAGACCGUCACUGUCUGCAACGGCGCUGGCUGCUCCGAGGCCCAGUCUACUGAGACCGUUACUCUGCAGACCGUCCAGACUCAAUCCACAGAGAUUGUCUCUGCCCAGCCCACUCAGUCUGUGGCCAUCGAGUCCAAGGUUGAGUCUCGAGCCUCGACUACUAGCAUCACCGUUGUCGAGACUUCCCCCGAGACUUCCACACCUGCUCAGCCCAAGGAGUCUACUCCUGCUCAGCCCAAGGAGUCUACCCCCGCUCAGGAGUCUACCCCCGCUCAGUCCUCUACUGAGGUUCCCACACAGGCUCCUCAGCAGUCUUCUCCUGCUCCUCAGUGGCCCGAUGCCCCUAACCCCGAGCAGGCCAACUCUGCUUCCACCAAGGUGAUUGGAGCUCUUGCUCUCCUCCCCCUCUUUGCAUUCCUCAUUUAA